GCUCCAACACCGCUGAUCCUGCCAGCGUUCGAUACUGCCGCUUCCUCUGCGAAGGUGCUGACAGCGCUGGCGCACUACCACUAGGUGCAGCGAUUUUGGCCCACGCUCAGGCCCCUGCCGUGCAAUCAAGCAGUCCACAAAGGCGUACUCCUGGGACCAAACGUGUGCAGCGCACCGCCGCGAUGACCUUGCGCGCUGCUGCCAACAUUAAUGCAACGGAGCUUGCCGAGCGGCUGCUACAAGACCUCGCCGUGACGUCGCAGCUUCUCGAACUAGACCUUACAGACUGCGUCGCCCUCGACCGACACUGGGUGCACGAAUACAUCGGCUGGUGUCACAACGUGCUGCACCUUCGCUGCAUUGCGUGCCCGCUCAUUCCGAGCUUACUCAUGCAGACCUUGCGCAGACGGCUUUGGAAGCUUCAGCAUAUCGAGUUUACAUUGACGACGCCUCCUGACGACUUCGACCGGCAGCUUAAAGAACUGCAACAGUUGGGAUCAAGCUACCAAGUGGCGACCGUACGCCGAGUGUACGUCGAGUUGGACGGUGAACUCAACUGCAUGCUGCUUCGGUCGCUGCUGACGUACUUCCCUUUAAUGCAAGACUUGCACGUACACCUCCUCAGCGGGAGCUUCAGGGAUGCGGUGCAGGUCAUUCGGGAAAUAUUGCAGGACAGUUUGUUUCUAGAAACCUUCACGUUCAGCUCUGAGGUUUCUUCAACAAUGCAGCAAGUGCCUGGGGAUGGUGCUGAUAUUUUGGUUUGGUUGUUUGUCUGCGGCAACGUCACUUUCUGGCAGUCCGGCGAACUUUGCAGCUACACUCGGUUACGAGACCUGGCAACCAUACCUGAGUGUGGAUACCUUCCCUCGCAGUUGUUACUGGUCGUGGAGCACGACGAAGUGUUGGUCAACGGCAGAAUCGGCGAUGCUAUCUACCGACACGACUGGUCGUACGUGUGCUGUUUGUGCCUCGUCUUAUUCCCGGGGCAGACCUUGUCCACCACUUAUCCGAGAGCUGACGGCGUCUACUUGGACCCUCUCCGAGAGUUCAUGCGCGUGCUCGAGCACGUCGUCGAGCUGAACGUCAGCUCGUUCCACUUCGGUCCGGGCCUCGACCUGGUGCAACUACUUCAGUACGGGGCGUUGAGGUUCCUGCAAGCGCUAUCGGCGCCGCCUUGUGGGCUUCGCCAUCCGUUCGCGCUGCGGCGUCUGGCCCAACUCUGCCGGAACCUCGAAGACCUGGACGUUCGCUUGGACCGGCAGGGGCGCUUCGAUGAGUGUUCUACUUGUAAUCUGGACUUCUGUUUUGACUCGGAUGACCUGGCCGCACUACACCAGGAUGUACCAUCGUAUCGUUGCGGGCUCCAUCGGCUGACACUGAGCGACGUGCCAGCGCUGGCGUCACUGCGCUUCUUGGAGCGAUCUCAGGUGGUCGAACUACGUCUCUCCAGCUGCAUAGAGCCAUCGCACCCGGACUUUCAGGACAUCGGAGAAGUGCUGAGCAAGAACGCGAGUCUGCGCUACCUUGUGCUCAAGGACAGUGACCUACCCUUCGGUUCGACGUCCAUGUUGAGUAACAUUCGCCAGGUCCAGUCGCUGGAGUACUUGUGCCUGGUGUCUGCUGUUCUUCUGGAUAGUCAUGUGGCUGACAUGCACAUCAAGGAGCUUGCCAAUAAGCUUCCACGCUUGCGUUGUCUCCAUGCCCAUUAUCGAGACAAGGAUGACGAACUUGAGAAGAGGAUCACGUGGAUGCGGCGUGACGACGCGGAUGAAGACGGCAUCCUGGUUGAGAACAGCCCCUGUGUUCUCUGCUCCACAGCCACAUUCAUAGGACUCGUCAAGCCACGCAACCGCGGCUUCAGGGCAACCCUGUAGGGUCGGACACAAUAACUGCACUGAUGUGAUAUACUUCUGUGCUAUAGCGCAUCUUCGCAGGACAGUGUUUGCGUGAACCACGAUCUCCGCAAACGAACAUUCGGACUCUUUGACACUAACAAUUCAUUGUGUUGUUACAUGGGCAGGCCAAGAGAUACAACUCACGUUGGAACACACUAAAUUCUACGCAGAAAGAAAUUUAUACAAUGCAAAUGGCAGUUGUGGCCUACGCAUUUCGACGGGAUCUGAACAAUGUGGUCUUGAUUUGCAUUAGUGUUGCUAUUGGCGGUAUGUUUGCCUGAUUCACAGUUGCCAGACUUAUUAAUGAACUUAGAGGCACUUUCUCAGAUGCAGACGAAAUUGCCAUCCAGGAAUACUUAAUGUGUACGGAUGGAGCUGUGUGGCAGUGACUGGAGCUCAAAUGUUACCCUGGGCGCGACGUACACGAACAUAAGUGGACCUCGAAUGGGACUUUUUCAUUUUUGCUUUUACGGUUUUAAAGUGCUCUCAAGUUCAUGACAACGGUACUCUCCUUUCUUGGAAAGUGCAACGCAACAUUUUAUAGCCUUUUAUGUUCUGACGCCCAUACUAAGUAGCUUUGUAAAUAUUGCAUUUAUCCUUUUAGUAGGUGUUGCAUUCCUAAAAUACUUCCUUUUAGCUAGGACAGAACGCUUGUGUGUAAAGGUGUCAUUUUAUGAAAAUAAA